AGCGCGCAUGCGCACUACCUCCCCUUGCUUUAUUAAUUUUUUAUGGAAAUGGCUGCCUUUCUCAUCUAACCCAUCUGCAACUGCUAAAUAAAAUCCGAUAAAAAGGGCAAUAUUUCAGACUUCAGCAACGGGAAUUUAAAAAAUAUCGACAUGCCUGUCGACUGAUCGUCACGCACGGAUACAGAAUGACUGUGUUUGCGAUUUAAACAAUGGGAGAUCUUUCGUUUUUGUAUUUAACCCUUUGCAUUCCAUGAUCUGCAAACAAACAAGAGAAUGAUGCGCCAGGUUGCCAGCAACACCAGCGAUUAUUGCAUGACCAGCAGAGCGUCCUGCCUGGCGGAGGAGGGCCGACACCCGGGCAGUCAGUUUGAUCUCUGCACCUCGCAGUCCAGCAAGUUCUACCCCCCUCCGCCCCCUCCUCUGCCCCUGCCCCUGCCCCUGGCCCUGGCACCCCCGCCACACAGCACCCACAAAGCCAUGCCCUGUCCACGGCAGGAAACAAACUCCCAGACAGGAGGGGGUAAAAACACAGAGAAGGCCGAGGACUCGAAGAAAAAGAAAGGCCUCGGAAGAUCGGGCAGGAGAGGCAGACCUUCGGGGACCACCAAACUGGCUGGCUACAGAACCAGCACCGGCCGGCCCCUGGGCACCACAAAGGCAGCCGGGUUCAAGACCAGUCCUGGGAGGCCCCUGGGCACCACCAAGGCAGCCGGGUACAAGGUUAGCCCAGGCAGACCGCCAGGCAGCAUCAAGACUCUGUCACGUCUCUCCAAACUGGGGUGUCAACAUGCAGCUCCACAGUUCAGUAGCGGAUCAUAGCGGAACUUCACCUUAGCUUCUGUGUCAACAAAAGCCUUUAACUAAAAUGAAAUGCUGAAACUACAGACCUAACCACGUCCAGUAUCCACGCUGGUCAUCCUAGACACCACAUGGUCCACGGCCGCUUGUUUCAUUGUUCUUAUCAGAAGUCUCUGUAAGGGUGGGGAGGAAAGCAUGUUAGUAUUUCUUUUAUUUGUUUGUCCUGUGGUGUAGAAGUAGUGUGAGAAACAUGGUGUCCUUCUCACCAUUGCAUUGUGACGCUGAGUCCAGCAUCUGGGACAUGCACAUCGUGGCCGCAUCACAUUUACUUUGUCUUUUAAACUUCCUGUAGCUUUUCAGUCUUGUGUCAAUGUUGGCUUCUCAAUUCCUAAUGCUGGAUACAAACAGGAAGAGUGACCGCUAUGUAGAAAGCAACAAAUCCACAAAGAAACCCUCUGUGAUCAUCCAUGUGUUUCAAAGAGAAACACAUUUUAAACAAAUCCACAAAGAAACCCUCUGUGAUCAUCCAUGUGUUUCAAAGAGAAGCACAUUUUAAACAAAUCCACAAAGAAACCCUCUGUGAUUGUGUAUUUCAAGGAGAAGCCCGUUUCUGCAGUUUUGUUUGACUCAGAACCAAAGAACCUGCUUGACCUGAGUACUUCUCCCCCUGGAAUAUCAGGCUGUUACUUGAUGCACGUAAACUGUACACAGAUGAAGUGUGUGGAAGUGAAGCGGGAGGGGAUCUCAAAGCUGGCUCCUCAGUGUGCUUCACUGACAGCUCCAGGAAGCAGCAGCUAUGUAACCCUGUGACAGAGCACUCACACCAAUGCACCUGGACCGGCCUUUUCUCUACUCAAACGACGGGCCGCGGCGUCAGCGAUGCGCCACUCUCCUCGUUUGGCCGUUUGGUUUUUGACGUGUCACUUUUUUAAUGGAAAAACACAUUUUACAAAAUCAGAACUAAAAAAUAUUAGGCUUAAAAAAGGAGAAAAGAAUUUUCUGCAGCUGUUAAUGAGUGAACAGCACGUAGGCACGGCUGUCUCUUGUACAUUGUAUGUUGCACAUCUGUAUUCUGCAUCGUUGUAGUGCUUACAGUAUAUGUAGCAAUUGAUCAUAUUUGAUACAGUGUGUAUAUAACUACAGUAUAUAUAUGAUUUGUUUUUUAAACUUUAUAUCAGCACCUGUCUUUACAGAUGUAAACUGUAAAGAAGGGUUACAUUCAUGAGCUGCACAUUGCAUAGAGAACACCUUGUGCAAUACUCAUGAGCUGCACAUUGCAUAGAGAACACCUUGUGCAAUACUCAUGAGCUGCACAUUGCAUAGAGAACACCUUGUGCAAUACUCAUGAGCUGCACAUUGCAUAGAGAACACCUUGUGCAAUACUCAUGAGCUGCACAUUGCAUAGAGAACACCUUGUGCAAUACUCAUGAGCUGCACAUUGCAUAGAGAACACCUUGUGCAAUACUCAUGAGCUGCACAUUGCAUAGAGAACACCUUGUGCAAUACUCAUGAGCUGCACAUUGCAUAGAGAACACCUUGUGCAAUACUCCGUUCAUGCAUCAAGCUCACCUUCUUGCAUAGUUUUCCUACAGCCUUGAAAAGGGCACUUUGAGAGUUUUUCGUUUUUCUUCUGUUUUUAUAUAUUGAGUGUAAGGCCCCUCGCAUAUGUUAUGUAAAAGCAUUUUUGUUAAGUCUCUUAUCAUUGAAAAUAUGUGUAAUGAUGUAUGCUUAUUAGAGCAAUGUAUGUUAGAAAUAUACAGUGUGUUUGUGAAUUAUUAAACAUCCGAUUUUGGUUCAAGUAAA